GCAGAGCAGCGCGGCGCCCGGCGCAAAGUGCCCUCUUGGACACGGCACCCCACUCGCCAUGGUGCGCGCCCCCAGCACGCCGCCACCACUGCCGGUGGUUCUGCUGCUGCUGUUACUGCUGUCGCUGCCCCUCGGAGCCGAGGAGGCCCUUCCCGUAGAGAGCCGGCUCGCCAACAGCUGCCUCCAGGCCAGGAAGCAGUGCCGGGCCGAGCCUGCGUGCGAAGCCGCCUACCAGCACCUGGGCUCCUGCGCCUCGGGGCCGAGCAGCCCGCCGCCCGCCCGCGCCCGCUCCGGCUCCGGCUCCCGCUCCGAGGAGCUGGCCGGCCUCGCCGACUGCCUGCAGGCUGCGCGGCGGCUCCGCAACAGCUCCCUGCCGGGCUGCUCGUGCCACCGGCGCAUGAAGCAGCAGGCCGCCUGCCUGGACAUCUACUGGACCGUCCACCCUGCCCGCAGCCUCGGUGACUAUGAGCUGGAUGUCUCCCCAUAUGAGGACGCAGUGACCAGCAAGCCCUGGAAAAUGCACCUCAGCAGGCUGAACAUGCUCAGACCAGACUCAGACGUGUGCCUCAAGUUCGCGAUGCUCUGCACCCUCCACGACAAGUGUGACCGGCUGCGCAGGGCCUACGGGGAGGCAUGCUCAGGGACACACUGCCAGCGCCACGUCUGCCUGCAGCAGCUGCGCACCUUCUUCGAAAGGGCGGAGGAGCCGCAUGUGCAGGGUCUGCUGCUGUGCCCCUGCGCGCCCACGGACCGCACCUGCGGGGAGCGAAGGCGCAACACCAUCGCGCCCGGCUGCGCGCUGCCCUCUACGACUCCCAACUGCCUGGACCUGCGUAGCCUCUGCAUAGGCGACCCACUGUGCAGAUCCCGCCUGGCAGAUUUCCAGAUCCACUGCCACCCCAGGGACAUCCUGGGGACUUGUGCGACAGAGCAGUUCCGAUGUCUACGCUCGUACCUGGGGCUAAUAGGCACUGCCAUGACCCCCAACUUCAUCAGCAGCGUUAACACCAGUGUGGCCUUGAGCUGCACCUGCCGAGGUAGCGGCAACCUGCAGGAGGAAUGCGAGCAGCUGCAGAGGUCCUUCUCCCGCAACCCCUGCCUCGUGGAGGCCAUUGCAGCUAAGAUGCGUGUCCACAAGCAACUCUUCUUCGGGGACACAGCAGCCUCUGUCUUCCCUGAGAUGGAAGCCCAGAAUGAAAGCCCUGCUGUGAGGCUGCAGCCCUGGGUGCCCUUUCUUUUUUGCUGUACACUUCCCUUGAUUCUAUGCUGCGGCCUGUGGUAGCUGGACCUCCCUGGGAAAGUCUUCCCCCUCUACAGCUUGAGCCUUUGCACUGUGUGGUGAGGGCAGCAUCUGGAAGGAGGUGCAUACGUAACGUGGCCAUCCUCACCCCACCUGGCACGCUGUCCUGUGCACCUGGGCAGCUCCAGAUGAGGCCAUGGGGUGGGACUUCCAGAUUUGGACCGAUGGUUCUCCUUCUUUCCUCCUUACCCCUGCUUCUGACUCAUGCUGCCCCUCCGUAAGCCUGGGGGAAUCACCAUUUCACCGUGUCUUCUGAAGGUGAUCAGUUCUGCCAACAUUUCUCCUGAUUCCUCCCUACCAGGGUAGCCGGAGCUAGCACAUGAGUCAUUCUCUGCAGCAGUCUGCAGGUUGGCAGGGCUGGGAGUUAUAAGGCAGCCUAGCAAGACCUGCGCUUGUGUCCCCAUCACCCUCCUGUGAAUGGAGGAUGAGACCCACUGCCUCUGCUGCUCUGCUCCAGUCACAGACGUCACUUGGGCAGCAGGAGCAGAAGUCUUUGGGCCUUGCUUUCUUUCUGCUUCUGUCUCAAAUUCACCCUGAGGUCUUGGAUCAUAAUUAAACAUUUUGACCUAAA